UCGCGGCGGUCUGAUGUUUGCGGUGCAUUGUGGGAAAGAGGAAGACGGAGCAGCCGGCAGAGAAAUGAGGCAGUGAGUUGUGACGUCAUUACUAAACAGUGGGCGUGGCCUACGAAUACACACGUCAGUCACAGACUGAGGAUCAGCGGGUGUGAAGUGCCUUAUUAAUAUUAAUGAGGGGAGAAAACCAGGGGUUCUGGAGAGCAAGUCACUUAAAGUCUGACUCUGGGAGUCGAUGCGACUGCGUGUGUCUCAGCAAUAUCCCCAGUGGCAUGCCUGACAGUGGAGAGUGGUCACUCCGUGUUGUGAUGUUUACUGACGUGUUCCUGAUGAUCCGACGUCACAAGACGACCAUCUUCACAGACGCCAAGGAGUCGACCACGGUGUACGAGCUGAAGCGCAUCGUCGAGGGGAUCCUGAAGAGAGCGCCCGAGGAACAGAGACUCUACAAGGACGACAUGUUGUUGGAGGACAGUAAGACACUGGGAGACUGUGGAUUCACAAACCAGACGGCGAGACCUCAGGCUCCAGCGACGGUGGGACUGGCCUUCCGCAUCAGCGAUGAUGCGUUCGAGCCGCUGCGUGUGGACGCUUUCUCCAGUCCCCCAGAGCUGCCAGACGUGAUGAAGCCCCAGGACUCGGGCAGCACGGCCAACGAGCAGGCUGUGCAGUGAGACCUGGAGGGUCUGGGCGUGGCUGUGGGUGUGUGUGGGAGGGGGGAUCUGGGCUGUGUGGGUGUAUGAGAGGUGGAGUGAUCCUGUGUGUUGUGACUUUUGCUGGAAAAAAAAAAGUUUAAUUCUAUCCGUCAGCACUCUGACCGUCACACGCUCUGUGUGUUUAAACACGAACGUCAAACCUCCACCUUGCACAACCUUGGACACCUGAGUGAAUGUGUGUGUGUGUGUGUGCGCGCGCACACCAUCAGAGUGGUCGUAUCAAGGUGGUGGGGAAACAGAAAAUUAACAAAAACAUUGCUUUUUAUUUAAUUCACGUUCUACAUCAUGUGGAAUAUUAUGAAGUGUGUGUGUGUGGGGCGCUGUUGAUGAAUUGCAUUAACAGUCUGUGUGAUUGUUUAUUAUCAUUAAUAAUAUUAUUCAUCACUUUUUUUUUUCUGAUUAUCAGUUGAGUUUGAAGCAUGCAUGAGCCGACUCCUGAAGUCUUUAAUAAUUUCGGUGUGCAGUCGGAUCAGACGUGUUGUGGAGCACGAAAUAACGUGUUUGGCGUAAAUGUUUGUCUCAUUGAGCUGCACGUGCACUUCAUACAUCAUAAGUGUGUGAAGUGCAAAUUAUCUUGGAAGAACAUUUGGUAUUAAUGUUUUUUUUUGUUUUUCUCCCUCACUGUGCGCUGGUUUUGUUGAUGCUGACUAUUUUUUUUUUGUGUGUAAUUUAUCCAGUGUUGGUUUAAAAAAACAAACAUAAAUCCCAUCAAAACCA